GGUAGCGACGCGAGGUGCCCCAAGCUCGCUAGCUCUAGGAACAUUGCUUCGAGCUCCAUACAUUUUCUUUCGGUUCUCUACGUCUGCAGUUUGGUUGUGUACGAGUUCAAAAAUUAUUUCAAAAUUUUCGCCAUCAGGAAAAAAAAUAAAAUGUCGGACAAGCCGAAGCGUCCCAUGUCAGCAUACAUGCUAUGGCUGAACAGUGCAAGGGAACAGAUUAAAGCCGAUAAUCCCGGACUCAAAGUCACCGAAAUUGCUAAAAAAGGAGGCGAAAUAUGGAGGGCUAUGAAGGACAAGAGUGAAUGGGAAGAAAAAGCUGCUCAAGCAAAGGAACAGUACACAAAAGAUUUAGAAUCAUUUAACGCCAAUGGAGGUGGUGGUGAAGGUGGUGGCGGCGGCAAGAAGGCACAAAAGCGAGGCAAGAAGGGAAAGAAGGCGUCACCUGCCAAGGCCAAGAAGAAGAAGGAAGAGUCUGAAGAUGAAGAUGGUGGUGAUGAUGAUGAAGAAGAAAGCGAAUGAUCUCCCAAAACAAUGCAUUUCUGUUCAUAUUGAAUAAUUUACUCGGACUUAAUUUAUUACAUAAUGUACGACUGACUUUCCAAAGUCUGUAUUACAUUCACACAAAUUUUUUGGCAUCUUUUUUUAGAGAUUUAUUAUGAAUGAUGCAAUUUUUUCAAUAUGUAUUAUAAUUUGGUCAAUAUGAUACGAUUUGUUGAUAAUUUUGACAAUGUUAUUUACUAAUUUAAUAACAUUAUUUCUAGUAUUGAAUAGGUUUAAGAGUGCAGAAUUUGGAAAGAAUCAGCGCAGGCUAAGGUCUAGAUUUCUAAGCCUCGAAAAAAAUAAUGUAUAAGUGUUAGUAUGUAUCAAAUGGGGAAUUGUACAGUUAGCCCUCCCUCGUUAAGUUCGCUGUGACCGGAUGCUCACCUUUGAUAUGUACCUUGAAUGGUUUCAUCAAAACUAUGUCUUCUACCUUUCAUUCUGCAGUAAAAGCUGUGCUUUGCCAUAAUUUUUUUUUGCUAUAUAUAAUUUACUUUGUGUGUCAGGGACAUAAGUUUUGGUUAAACUGUAUCAACAUGUAAAAUUAGAGACAAUUUCAUUAACGAUGGCUUAUUGUUAAUUAAAACCUACCUCUGUCAUUGUAAAUUUCAAUACUAAUAAUGGUACCAAACUUAAGCUAAGAACUUCUCGGAAAUUGUCACCGAGUUGAGCAAUUUAAAUAAUUUAGGAAAUUGAUGUGUAUGUUGUAUUUUUAGUUAGUUUAGGUAGGUUUCAAUGUGAUUAGUCUCUCAAAUUUUACAUUUGUGUUAUUUUGUAAAUGAGAAUAGCAUUCCUCAUGUCAAUAUGGAUUUUACAUGUUCAAUAAAGUAAUUUCAUAUAAAAUUA